CCGUUCAUUGGUCGGAUCGGACGACGACGUUUACAUCUUCUUCCUCCUCCUCCUCAUCGCAAGCAUUUCAUCAGGGUGAACAAAAAAAAAUGAGCGGAGCCGGUAAGAAAGUAGCGGAUGUGGCGUUCAAAGCUUCAAGGACGAUUGAUUGGGAAGGGAUGGCGAAGGUCCUUGUGACCGAUGAGGCUCGAAGAGAGUUCUCUAACCUCCGUCGUGCUUUCGAUGAGGUUAACACUCAGCUCCAAACCAAGUUCAGCCAGGAGCCUGAACCUAUUGAUUGGGAUUUCUACAGAAAGGGUAUUGGGUCUGGCAUUGUUGACAUGUACAAGGAAGCUUAUGACAGCGUUGAGAUUCCAAAGUUCGUGGACACUGUUACUCCUGAAUACAAGCCAAAGUUCGAUGCUUUGUUGGUGGAACUGAAAGAAGCAGAACAGAAAUCGCUCAAGGAGUCUGAACGGCUGGAGAAAGAAAUUGUUGAUGUCCAGGAGAUAAGCAAAAAGCUCAGCACCAUGACUGCAGAUGAGUACUUUGAGAAGCACCCAGAACUCAAAAAGAAGUUUGAUGAUGAAAUCCGUAACGACUACUGGGGAUACUGAUCAUUGCUUCUUGUAUCUCCAGCCUGAGAAACAGACAUUCUCUUUUCUUUCUCAUUCUUUUUCUUUCGCUGUGAUUUUGUGAUAAUAAGUACACUCAGCUGUUCAGAUCUUCAUUGGAGACCCAAUGAGACAAUGACGAUAAACCCGUUUGGCAGUGCAUGUCCGGAUUUGUAUGAUGCCUAAAGCGGACAAAAAAAAUUGUCCUUAACCAUACUUAGUUUUU